GCAAGAUGACGGUCGCUCCGACGUCGGUUGGCGUCGCCACUGUCGCGCGCCGUCAGGCGAGCGUAUCGAAGCACGGGGCAGGGACAGUCGGUCGGAUGUCGCGAGCGAACGGGCUUGCGUAUGUGAUCGAUGUUGUGAUACGGUGCGUGCUCGCGUCCGCUGAUCGCGCGUCGCGUUCAUCCGUCGGGCGAAGUCGUAGCGCACGCAGGGACAGACAGUCCGCCAGCGAGCAUGGUUACCGCGAGAAUCGGCAGUGACACGUCUACGCGGUCAGCCCGGGACGAACAGUGGUAACGACGUCGUUUUGCCAGUGGUGUCCGCACUUUGCGCGAAGUCCUUGCUCACGUGAAGAGGUACCUGCUAGCCUACCAGCUAGCUAACGUACGUGCGUGCGUGCGUGCCAGCGUCAGUGGCGUGCGUGCGUGCGUGCGUGCGUCUAACCGUGUCAUGGUAUCGAGGCAAGCCGAGAAUCGUGACGGCGGAAGUUAUCGUACGUCCCAAGACAUGGCCUGCGACAAUCGCGCCGAGAGUGACUUCGAGUUCUCGGUGCCACCGGAGGCGCCGGUAUUCGAGCCCACAAACGAGGAGUUCCAGGAUCCGCUCGCCUACAUUGCAAAGAUACGGCCGAUCGCGGAGAAGUCCGGCAUCUGCAAGAUCAAACCGCCGCCUAAUUGGCAGCCACCUUUUGCCGUGGACGUGGACAAGUUCAAGUUCGUCCCGAGGAUACAGAGGCUAAACGAGUUGGAAGCCAAGACAAGGAUAAAACUUAACUUUCUGGAUCAGAUCGCGAAAUUCUGGGAGCUGCAAGGUUCCUCCUUGAAGAUCCCUCUGGUGGAACGCAAGGCGCUCGACUUGUAUUCCUUACACAAAAUCGUCACCGACGAGGGUGGUGUAGACACAGUGACGAAGGAGAGAAGAUGGGCGAAAAUCGCCAAUAAAUUGGGUUACCCAUCCGGACGAAGCGUGGGCAGCAUAUUGAAGAAUCACUACGAGAGAAUUUUAUAUCCCUUUGACGUCUUCAAGCUGGGAAAGACAUUGUCGGAUAUCAAAAUCGAGCCGGAAACGGACGCGAACGAGAAGAGAGAUCGCGAUUACAAGCCGCACGGCAUAAUAUCUCGACAGCAAAUCAAACCGCCGAACGAGAAGUUCUCAAGACGGUCCAAGCGGUACUCCGGCCAAGAAGAGAAGCAAGAUGUGUCGAUUAAGCAGGAGGACUGCAAGGAGGAGUGCGACUCGGACAAUGAGUGCAGGGAUGUGGUCAAGAACAGGUAUUACAACCCCGACGUGGAUAAAACCGCGGACAAGAGCAAGGAGCUUAAGAAGUUACAAUUUUACGGACCAGGCCCGAAAAUGGCCGGCUUUAAUACCAAAGAGGCGAAGAAGUCGAACAAGACGCGUGGCUUGAAGUUCGUUUACGAAUUCGACCCCCUGGCAAAAUAUAUCUGCCAUAAUUGCGGGAGGGGUGACAACGAAGAGAACAUGCUGCUGUGCGACGGUUGCGACGACAGCUAUCACACUUUUUGCCUUAUGCCACCGUUGACGGAGAUACCGAAGGGCGACUGGCGGUGUCCCAAGUGCGUCGCCGAGGAGGUCUCGAAGCCGAUGGAGGCGUUCGGCUUCGAACAAGCACAGAGGGAGUACACGCUGCAACAAUUCGGGGAGAUGGCCGAUCAGUUCAAGAGCGACUAUUUCAACAUGCCCGUGCACAUGGUCCCAACGUCGCUAGUGGAGAAGGAAUUCUGGCGGAUAGUCUCGUCCAUCGACGAGGACGUGACGGUGGAAUACGGCGCCGAUUUACACACGAUGGAUCACGGCUCCGGAUUCCCGACCAAGACCAGCGUGAAUCUGUUCACGUGCGAUCAGGAGUACGCCGAAUCCUCGUGGAAUCUGAACAACCUGCCGGUGCUGCGUGGCAGUGUAUUGGGUCACAUCAAUGCCGACAUCAGCGGCAUGAAGGUACCAUGGAUGUACGUCGGCAUGUGCUUCGCCACGUUCUGUUGGCACAACGAGGACCACUGGAGCUAUUCCAUCAACUAUCUGCAUUGGGGCGAACCAAAGACAUGGUACGGCGUGCCGGGAGCGCAGGCCGAACGUUUCGAGCACUCCAUGAAGUCCGCGGCGCCAGAAUUGUUCCACAGCCAGCCUGAUUUGUUGCACCAACUAGUCACCAUCAUGAAUCCGAACAUAUUAACUCACGAAGGAGUACCAGUAUUCAGAACUGAUCAGCAUGCGGGUGAAUUCGUAGUGACAUUUCCGAGAGCGUAUCACGCUGGAUUUAAUCAAGGCUACAACUUCGCAGAAGCCGUCAACUUCGCACCUGCCGACUGGCUCAAGAUCGGACGGGAAUGCAUCACGCAUUAUUCGAAUCUGAGAAGAUUCUGCGUAUUCUCCCACGACGAGUUGGUCUGCAAAAUGUCACUGGACCCGGACUCGUUAGAUAUCGGAGUGGCGACCGCGACGUAUCACGACAUGCUGCAGAUGGUGGACGACGAGAAGAAGUUGCGGAAGAACUUGCUGGAAUGGGGUGUGACAGAGGCGGAGCGUGAGGCGUUCGAGUUGCUACCGGACGAUGAAAGGCAGUGUGAAGCCUGUAAGACUACCUGCUUCCUGAGUGCCGUCACGUGCUCGUGUCACAGCUCACAGCUGGUCUGUCUGAGACAUUUCGCCGACCUGUGCUGCUGCCCACCGGAGAAGCACACCUUGCGUUACCGUUACACGUUGGACGAGCUGCCGAUCAUGCUGCAGAAGCUGAAGCUGAAGUCCGAGUCGUUCGACUCGUGGGCGGCCAAGGUGAAGGAAGCGAUGGAUCCCAGGAACGACAAGAUCGAACUGAGCGAGCUGAAGGAGCUCCUGAACGAGGCCGAGAACAAAAAGUUCCCCGAGAGCGAGCUGCUCACCGCUCUCACCACAGCGGUGCAAGACGCUGAGAAGUGUGCGAGUGUUGCGCAGCAGCUCCUGAAUAACAAGCAACGUACUAGGACCAGGCAGUCGGUCGAUACCAAGUACAAGCUCACCUUGGAGGAACUGACAUUGUUCCACAAGGAGAUCAGCAAUUUGUGCUGCGAGCUCAAGGAAUCAGACGGAGUCAAGUACAUACUGGACCAGGUGUUGCAGUUUCAAAAGGACGCGGAGGAAUUGGAGUCCAAGGGUGACGACUGCGACAUCAACAAGCUGGAGAAGUGCAUCGACUUUGGUGAUUCUAUCUGUAUCGAACUGCCUCAGCUUCAACGGUUGAAGCAAAAAUUGGUACAGGUACAGUGGCUGGAGGAGGUGAAGUCCGUCCAGGACGAUCCGCGAAACGUCAGUCGCGAGGAUGUGACGAAGCUGAUCGAGAAAGGUAUGACGAUACCGCCGCACUUCAGCGUGGAGAACACGCUCUCGUUGUUGCACUCUCUCACAAAGGCGAUCGACAAGUGGGAGGAGAAGGCCAAGCUGUUCUUGCAGACGAAGAACAGACGUAUCAUUGCGGAAGUGGAGGAGUUCAUUCGCGAGGCGGACGAGGUUGAGGCAUAUUUGCCGAGUCUGGACACUCUGCAGGACAUGCUGAGCAAGGCAAAGAACUGGACGAAGAUGGUGAACGAAAUCCAGGCGAGGGAGAAUUGUCCGUAUUACGACACAUUGGACGACCUGGUCAGGAAAGGCAGAAACAUCCCGUUACACUUGGACGCCUUGCCAAUAUUGGAGUCGACUCUUUCGCAAGCGAAAGCAUGGAAGGAGAGGACCGCGAGGACAUUCCUGAGGAAGAACUCGCACUGCACACUGAUGGAAGCGCUGUCGCCUCGCGUCGGUGUCGGUGUACAGGCAAUGAAGACCAAGAAGAAUAACAAAGGCGACGAGUCCGUGGGCGCUGUAUACGUCUGCGACACGAAACUAGACGAUUCGAGCGAAUCCGCUGAUGUGGUGGCCGCCUUCAAAUUGGCGCAGCAACGCGAGAUGGAUGCGAUGAGGCAUCUACGGGAUAGAAACUUCAAGAAGGAGGAAACACAGGAUUCCAAGUACUGCGUUUGCCGGCGGCCGAAAUUCGGCAUUAUGUUCCAGUGUGAACUCUGCAAGGAUUGGUUCCACUCCAACUGCGUGCCUUUGCCCAAAACUUCGUACAAAGGUAAGUCGCCAACGUCGAGGGAUAUGCGGUUUCUGUGCCCGUGCUGCUUACGUUCCCGACGACCCCGGCUAGAAACGAUUCUGGCCCUCUUGGUGAGUCUCCAGAAAAUUCCGAUCCGCGUGCCGGAGGGCGAAGCGUUACAGUGUCUGACGGAACGUGCGAUGAAUUGGCAGGACCGUGCGAGGCAAGCGUUGGCCACCGAGGAGAUCUCCUCCGUAGUGGCGAAGCUCUCCGUGAUGUCGCAGAAACUCGUGGAAGCUGCAGCUAGGGAGAAGACGGAGAAGAUCAUCAGCAGCGAGCUCAAGAAGGCCGCGAACAAUCCCGAGUUACAUAAGAGAGUGCAAGCUAUCGCGCCCCUCAGCGGAGUGCAUUCGGACGACAGCACGCACAGUAAUACCGAGGACGACGAUGACGUCAUUCCCAUCGAAGACGAACCCACGUGUAGUACCUUCAACAGUAGUGAGCAUGCUUAUUCAUAUAUCUCAAAAGUUCGACGGAAAAUUCAAUCGGGCGAAGGCGGCGAUGCGACGGGCGGCGUGUUGUCGCCGAGCGCGAGGUCGCGCUUGGAGGAGCUGAUGAUGGAGGGCGAUCUCCUGGAAGUGGCUCUCGACGAGUCGCAACACAUCUGGCGUAUCCUGAGGCAUACGUACAGUCACAACAACAUGUGUACGUAUCCUUCGUUCGAGGAGAUGCAGGCUAAUCAAGAUAAAGACGUGAAGAAGCGAGGUAGAAAGAGAAAAUCGGAGGAGGCAGACCCGAAGGCGAAGAUCGGCCGGCAGAAGGUUGAGCGGCAGAAAAUCGACGAGAAGAUUGCGAACAAACGCAAGAGCGGAGGCCCCGCCACCAAAGAGAAGAAACAAAGUAUCUCGCCUGUCCCCAUGAAACGAGACUCCGGAGUGGGAUUGAAACGUGGACCUCGAAAGAUGAAACGCAAGGAGGCCGAAGACGGGCCUAAGAAACGAGGCGGCAACCGCAAGAAGACCAAACAAGACACGUCUGACGAAGAGGACGACUGCGCGGCGGAAAACUGUCUACGACCUGGUGGUAAAGAAGUUGAUUGGGUUCAGUGUGACGGUGGCUGCGAGGGUUGGUUCCAUAUGCAUUGUGUUGGAUUGGAUCGCACAGAAAUCGCGGAGGAAGACGAUUAUAUAUGUAGCAACUGUAAACAGGCCGAUCAGAAUGCAUCGUCGAGAGCGCCAGAUCAUCUGGCGGAAUCAUUAGGCCUGGAUGCACUUCUUUCCCUUUCUCAGCCCCAGGAACACCAGGGCGCCACCGACACGGAGGCGGGCGUCUAGGAAACGACAUUCCCCGUCUGGACCUACUAAGCCCACUUCGUGUCGUCGAGCUUCGCACGGAGGCUCGGGACGUUUACGAUCGUGACUCUCAAUCUCCAACUGAACUUGUGGUGGUGUAAUGCGUUUAGCGUUUUAAUUGUCUCUCCCAGUGUUGUUUUGUACUGUAACCCGGCAUUGCAGAUCGUCGAUCGUCGUUCAACCUGUGCCUGUCCUCUUUCCUUUUUUCCUCUCUCUUUCUUCGACCGGAGUAGCGUUCGAUGAAGGGCCAAAGUAUUGUAAAACGCCGUGGCUGGUCUUUCAUUCGCGUGCCUGUAGACCGUUAGCAACACCCGCUAGUCAAUCAUCGAUCUGCAUUUACGCACCGACCCGUGCGGGAAAGUCUUGCGUUCUUCAGUUACGUAGGGAGAUAUAACGCGAGGACACCACGCGACUUCGAAACCUUACAGUCCCGCGGGGAUCGCUUGUUGUUCCUGUCCGCGGAAAUUCGAUUUCGCGCACACGAAGAGCGAGCGAAGCGCUCUCUGCAUCUCUCGUUUUAACCGUACGACCGCAAAAACGCUUUACUUGCGAACUUUUUUUUUUUAUUGGAUUGUUUUUGUGUAAAGAAGAAGGAUUGCCAAUAUUCCGUCUGUAUGGCAUCCGAUUGCGCAUGAGUCACGGAUGAACCGUGAUUAUAAUUAUAUUUAUCAUGAAUUUUGUAAGGCCGUUUACGUUAUUAAAAUGUUGUCCCUUUGCGCCGUUUACCUAUCAGCGAUGCCGUGCCCCCCCCCCCAUCAGUAAUGCUCGCUCGAACAGCCGAGUGUCAUUUUCCAGUUUUUCACACGAGAUCGACGAUCGUCGAGUGAACGGACAAAUAAACGAACGACGCAAACGUGCACACGCGCCCAUGUGAAGGACGCGAUCUGUAACGAUGGUUACGAUCUCGUCUUACCGACACGAGAUAGACGUAACAGAACAUGAAAUAUGGCGAAUGAAGUUAAAGCUCCUGGGUAGUCGCUGCAACUGUCUUUGUUUGAUGACGGCAGAAGCGAAGAAACGCAAGUCUAGAAUUCUUGCGUUAUACGUUCAAAUAAGAAGAUAUACUCACAAAAUGACAUUCGUGAUCGAUUCAGUACACUUAUAAAAUUGUCCGAGCACUUUUAUUCGAACAAGCAAGAAAUAGUCGUAAGAUUAACAACUACAAAAUCAUGAGGAAAGGUGUUAAAAUUAAUGGUUCUGUGUCGUAUAAAUUUUACGGCUGUUUAUUGGUUGUUUGAGUAAAAGAAGAGUGCUCGGACAAUUUCAUAAGUGUACUGAAUCGAAUCACAAAUUUCAUUUUGUGAAUAUAUCUUUUUAUUUGAACGUAUAAUGCAAGAAUUCUUGACGUGCGUUUUUUCGCUUCUGACGUCAUCAAACAAGGACAGUUGCAAGACCGGAGAUCAGGGGAGCCUGAACCGCGAGCUGAAGCAAACCCGGACGAGCUGAACGAUACACACGCCGCAGAGAGAGAGAGAGACAAUAGACUUGUAUAAAUAGAUGGAGCGUUUUUCCGCAAGAGGUCACCAAGACCUGAUCAGAAAAUGCUGCGGGCUUUGUAUGUCUCAACUUCUCUAAUUGCUGAAAUCUAACGGAGGUGGAAAUCUUUCCCUACUGUGCGACGAAAAUGAUUGGAGACGAACAUGUGGUUCUGUUAUAUUGUUUAUUUUUGGAGGAUCUUAUAAAAAGACGCGGUCUAAAUGUACAAGUCUAUUCGCAAAGACGUAACAAAGGCUUCUCACGUGUGGUGGUAUUAGUCGUCGACGAAAGCUAUCGUCUGACCUUGUUACAAAAGAAGUCUCGUUUGUGCCGGCUUCUAUUGAAUGUUAUGCGCGCGCAGGAAACAUCGAGAAUUCCUUUACAUUAGAUGGUAUGUACAGAGACUGAGAUAUGUGCGUAUUACUGUUUCAAUUAUACAUACGUUAAGAUAUAAGAAUGUCGCAGACGAAUGUCUCGUCGGAAGAUUAGAAUAUCACAUAAUACGUCGAGUAUGUGAAUUACUUAGUGAAUAAAUAUAAGCGAGUCUAGUUUGUAUAAAAUAAAAAGAAGACGAAUUAUUAUACA